CACACAAACCAUUCCUCACUGCAGCACAUCCCUCUCCUCCUACUAGUCAUACGUACGUCCCCGGAGGCCGGUCACGACUGUCGGCCGGUCAGUCGUUGUCGUUUGACCACCAAUUAAUUACAAAUCAUGCCACGACCACCAUUAGCCUCGUCGUUCCAGCUUCUGGAGAUCAAUCUGAUUUCGGCGCAAGAUCUUUACCCGGCGUCCAAAUCCAUGCGGACGUUCGCCGUCGCGUGGGUGAACCCGAAGCGCAAGCUGACGACACGUGUCGAUCAGAACGGCCACACCAACCCGACAUGGAACGAGAAGUUCGUCUUCCGAGUCGACGACGAGUUCCUCAAGGACGACACGUCGAAGAUCAUGAUCGAGAUCUACGCCUCCGCGUGGCUCCGCGACGUGCUGAUCGGGACGGCUGCCGUGGUGGUGAACAAUCUUCAGAACAAGUCCAAGAUGCGCUUCAUGGCGAUCCAGCUGCGCCGCCCCUCCGGCCGCCCGCAGGGGAUUCUCAACAUCGGCCUCGGCCUCCUUGACAACACCAUGCGGAGCAUGCCGCUCUACAGCGAGCUCAGCUCCUCUGCCGUCGGGUAUUGGGAUUUGAUGGAAGGAAAGGGGGCAAAUCAAAAGAACCACGACCCCAACUACAAGGAUCAAGACAAAUUCAUAAUCUUCCAACGAUCCCAGAGCGAUCGAACGGGUAGCGAUUACGGGUUCUCGAAAAGCCGGCCAGCGAGCUCCGUCUGCGACGGGCUCUCCAAAAGCAAAGCCUCGAGCUCCAUUUGCAAUGCCGCUACAGGGGGCUUCUCAAAAACUACUAAACCUCAAGGUUCAUUUUGCAAUAGCUCGAUUGUGAACGGUUCUGAGCUUAGCUCUGCGCAGAAAGGGGGAAAGGGUGGGUCCAUUUGCUCUGACGUGGGGCCCUCGCCAUCCGUGGUUGCGGCCGCCAUAGCCAAGGGGAUAUAUCCACUUGGCCAUGGCGGAGGCAAUGUGGUGCGCCACGCGGCACAAGGUGAUGCACGGAACUCGUUGUUGGAUGAAUGGACGGACCAGGAUAGCGUGGAGGGAUUAAAGACAAAGAUCGAAAGGUGGCGGACAGAGCUGCCCCCAGUGUACGACUGCAAGAACAAGAACAAUAACAAUAACAAUAACAAUACUAGUCAACAUCCGAAGUUGCUCCAGUCGUCUCACGACCUCACCAACCGACCGCCGAAGAGUCGCCGGAGCCGUAGCAGUGGCAGAAGUUUGUUUUCGUGCUUUGCAUUAGGUUGCGAGCUUUCAAUUUCUUGUGGUGGCGGAGGUAAGAAGACUAAGAAGAAGAGUAGUGGCAAGGUUCAUCUCGGCACAUCUGAUAUGACUUUCGAGGACUCCUCAUACUUACGGUAGACAGUCAAAACGACAUCUUAUUUCUUUCUUCCCUCAUUUUUUGUGGUGAACGACAUUGAUUUUGUUGACGUUGAUGUUCAUCACAUGUUUUGCAAAGCCGCAAAGGUUUUGUUAUACAUAUUUACUUAAAUAAAUAGGUUGGGUUUUGAUUUUAUUUUACCGUCAAAACUGAGGUGAAAUGUGAUUAGCGGCCCAAAGAUGAUGCACAGAUUGUUAAUUGGAGCUGUCAAGACUGAGUAUGAACAUUAUUGGGUCGCUUGGAAUUGGAAUUUGAUGGAGAAUCCUGGGGCGUAGAAUUAGAGGAAUAGAAGAGGUGUGUGAAAUCGGUUAGAGGCUAAGACUAAGAGCGUACUCUCUCUCCCUCCCCUUAUGUUUAUUAUUUUCUUAUUUUAUCUUUAAUUUUGUUUUCGCCUUAUCAUUUAAUUGCCAUUGGGAGAUUGAAAAGGAUGAGAGGCAUUAAUCUUUUCAAUUGCUGAAUGUAUAUUUUUUUCUUUGUCUCAA